AGUGUUUGUGGGGCUUCGAUCCUAUAAGCUAACAACCCAAAACCUGAUUUUUUUGUAGGCAGGAUACCAGCCUCUAUAGAUAAAAUUUUUUGGCGGGCUUUCGCUGCUGGAACAAGCAAUUCAGCCUUGCAGUCUGCGCUACCAAUGGAUAUGAGGACGGAGGCGAUUGGGAUCUGGAUGCGAAAUGGCACUCGCGCUGCUGCUUGCUUGAUCGUGAGCGUGCGAUCGACGGUGUUUGCCGAUUGGUGGUCGCAGAAUUGGGAGCAUAGACGACAAGUGCUCUAUCUCAUCGGACCCCAGAAUUAAUUGUCUCUGCUCCUUUCCCUCGGCGUUUUCUCGCCAACGCGUUUCCCUCGAUCAAGCGACCAAGCUUUUCACAAUGAAUCAGAGUUUUCCACAGUUUGAGACAACCUCACAGUUGGGUGGUAUUCCGAAAAGGAAGCUCUCUGGCCACGACUUCUACCGUCACGUCCUGGGCAACCCGAAAUACAUCGUGGCACCAAUGGUGGAACAAAGUGAGCUAGCUUGGCGCAUUCUCUCUCGUCGGCACGGUGCACAGGCCGUAUAUACCCCCAUGAUCAAUUCGAAACUGUUUACAAAUUCAAAUAAAAAAUACAUUCUCGAAAACUUUAACAUGGUUGAAGGCGAAGAAGGGGGCCCUCAUGAUCGACCUCUUGUUGUUCAAUUCUGUGGGAAUGACCCAAAUGCUUUGCUGGCGGCUGCCAAGCUCGUAGAAGGCCACUGUGAUGCCGUAGAUAUAAAUCUUGGAUGCCCACAAGAGAUAGCUCGGAGAGGGAAGUAUGGCGCGUUUCUUCAGGAUGAUUGGGCUCUUAUUUAUGAACUAAUCAAUACUCUACACCUCAAUCUCGAGGUGCCCGUGACUGCAAAAUUCGUGACGGUUGAGUACGCAAAGAUGCUCGAAAGCGCAGGGGCACAAGUCCUCACAUGCCAUGGCCGCAUACGUGAGCAGAGGGGUCAAAACUGCGGCUUAGCCGAUUGGUCUAAGAUACGCGCUGUCAAGGAGGCAGUAUCUGUGCCGGUCGUAGCCAAUGGGAAUAUUCUUUAUCACGAGGAUAUACACCGUUGCUUAGAAGAAACUGGCGCCGACGGUGUAAUGUCUGCAGAAGGAAAUCUCUAUAAUCCUGGUAUCUUUGACGAACGCGAUCCGAACCCACCUCAUGCUGACCUGGCUCUCGAAUAUUUGGACAUCGUUCACUCGCUCAACACUGUCACCUCUCCGGGAGCUAUUCGCAGCCAUUUAUUCAAGCUCUUGCGCCCAUCUCUAAGCUUGGAGCGGAAUCGUGAUCUUAGGGAUCACCUGGGGAAGAUCCAUGCGGACGAACGCGCAAGUCGGGGAUCUGAUAGUGCCGGUAUUGUUCGCCGACGCGAGGAUGGUUUACGGGAAAUACCGCAUUGGCUUGCUCAGCCGUAUAUCCGGCUAGUUGUAGUGCCAGUAGAGGAUCUCAAGAUCAAGGGAAGGACCAGCAAUUGA